GGGAGCCGGCGGCGCCGGAUAGGACGUCAGGAUACAGUGGGCUGUGCGGGCUGAAUGGGAGGGGAGUGUGAGCCCAGGCAUGUUGCUAUUACACAACUUGCUAUAGGAAACAGCUAGUUCAUAGGAGCGCUGAGAACACAGGAGCACCCAGCUUAGAGUGGCUGAGGUUGCAUUUUUAGAGGAUGAAAAACUAUCUGAUGCUUCAGACUUUUAUAUUUUUUGCCGAUGCAAAACUAAGUGCAUAAAAUCCACUGCAAGAGAGAACUCACAGCAGUGUGUAUGAAGACUAAAUUACCUUAUAACCUUGGAUAUCAGUGAGGAUCAGAGCCGUUGAUAGAGGAUUGGAGCCUCUCUCUCUCCAUUUGUAAACCCACUGGGGCAGAACAAGAUUGAGCUGUGUUGGAAGAUGGAGCUACAUGCUAUCUCAUUAAUCCUGCUUAGUCUUUGCUGCAUAUGGGAAGUCCAGACGGAGGUCUUCACCUCAACAGGUCAGAUGACCGAUCUGAUAUUUAGGGAAAGAGAUCUUUUACAAUCUUUAAAAGAAUACAUCAGGGAAGAAGAGGAACGUCUUUCUAAAAUAAAACGCUGGGCAUCUGAAGUUGAUGAACUAUCUAGCAGAUCAACUGCUGACCCAGAAGGAUAUCUUGGGCACCCAGUUAAUGCAUAUAAACUUGUGAAGAGAUUUAACACUGACUGGUCAUCCUUAGAGAACCUUGUGCUUCAAGACUCAGCCAAAGGAUUUAUUGCCAACUUCACGUUUCAGAGAGAAUAUUUUCCCACUGAAGAAGAUGAAACUGGAGCGGCCAGGGCUCUGAUGCGCAUUCAGGACACAUACAAACUUGAUCCUGAUGUCAUAGCUAAAGGAAAAUUACCCGGAACAAAUUAUAUUUCAUCUUUAUCUGCGGAUGACAGCUUUGGCAUGGGGAAGAUUGCCUACCAUGAUGGUGAUUAUUACCACACAGUACUUUGGAUGCAGCAGGCAUUGAAGCAGAUGGAUGAAGGGGAGGAUGCUGUAGUUAAUAAAGUGGAUGUCCUGGAUUAUCUCAGUUACACUGUCUUUCAGCUUGGUGAUGUCCCCAGGGCACUUGAGCUUACUAAAAGGCUCUUGGCUCUAGAUCCAAACCAUGAUCGAGCUGUAAACAAUCUGAAGUAUUUUGAGAAAAUGCAGGAGAAACAGAAAGCAGAACUAAAGCAGAAUGAGAGCACUAACACAGAGUCAGCCACAAGGCAACCAGGAGUCUAUAGCAGGCCAUUGGACUACUUGCCAGAGCGGGAUGUCUAUGAAGCCUUGUGCCGGGGAGAGGGAGUCAAAAUGAAUCCACGAAGGCAAAGGAGACUUUUCUGUAGGUAUCAUAACGGAAACAGAAGUCCUUACCUUAUCUUGAGUCCAGUUAAAGUGGAAGACGAAUGGGAUAGUCCACGUAUUGUCAGAUAUCUUAAUGCCUUAUCUGAUGAAGAAAUUGCGAAAAUAAAGGAACUGGCAAAACCAAAGUUAGCAAGAGCCACAGUGCGGGAUCCUAAGACUGGUGUUCUAUCAGUGGCCAACUACAGAGUAUCUAAAAGUGCAUGGCUUGAAGAAAAUGAUGACCCAGUAAUAGCACGUGUGAAUCUUCGUAUGCAGGCAAUAACAGGGCUUACAGUAGACACAGCAGAAUUGCUUCAGGUUGCCAAUUACGGCAUGGGAGGGCAAUAUGAGCCACACUUUGAUUUUUCAAGGAAAGACGAACCUGAUGUUUUCAAGCGUUUAGGGACUGGAAAUCGUGUGGCCACUUUUUUAAACUAUAUGAGUGACGUCGAGGCUGGAGGAGCGACGGUAUUUCCUGACUUUGGAGCAGCAAUUUGGCCAAAGAAGGGUACUGCUGUAUUCUGGUAUAACCUCUUCAGAAGUGGCGAGGGAGAUUACAGAACACGACACGCAGCUUGUCCUGUAUUAGUAGGUAGUAAAUGGGUUUCCAAUAAAUGGUUCCAUGAAAGAGGACAAGAAUUCCUGAGACCUUGUGGAUUAACAGAAGUCGACUGAUGUCCAAAUAUAAAAAAAAAAAAAAUAUUCCCUUUUAAUUAUGCUGGUGCUAGUUGGUUACCCAGGACUUUAACAUAAGCUCCACAGAUGCAGGAUGGGUUGGUACUACUAAGCUACUGUAGCAGAAUGAGCCAUUGAAGUCAUUAUAGGACAUGCAGCUUUUAUUCACAGAUAGAAUCAUGGUAGGGAUUGGCAAUAUGUUCCGAUCCUGUUUUUAAACUGUACAACAACAGAGCCCAAUAGGGAGACAGUGGGAUCUGACUGCCACAUUGUGCUUCAUCUUUCACUUACUGUAUGUUUGCUCCUGCAGCUGUGGAGCUGUUACUCUUUUAUCAGUGGCAUUCAUGGAUGGGAAUAUAUCAAUGUAUGUCAUAAUCUUGGCUGGAGAUUUAUUUUUAUUUUUUUGGUUGAGGGGAAAUAGCAGUUCACUGGGUUAACCUUUCAGGGACUUGGUUUUUUGUAUAUCACAUGGAAGUAUAGGUAGAACACUGGCUGCCCAUCUAGGGAUUUUUUCCAAAGCAAAAUUAAUUUCAAACAUGCAUUAUUAAGACAGCUUUAGCUUCAGAAAAAAAGACGCUGCCAUUUCAGAGGCGCCUAGGGGCCUAGCUCAAAGCUAGUCAUUUUGUGUAAGUGCCACUUUCAAAUGGCCCUGCCAAGAAUCAGAUCAACCAAAUGCUCCCAGUGGCAUUACAACAUGCUCUAGCAGGCAGGCCUUGCCUCCAACCCCCAUGUAUUCUGCUGUGACUUUUUACAAUGGAAAGUUUAUGGAGAAAAAAACAAGAAUUAAGUGAAUAAUAAAGAGAAUAACGACAGAGCCAAGAGCCAAGCAACAGCUGCAAACAUUGGAGCAAAACUCUAGUUUUUUAUUUAUUUCCAUCAAAUAAAAUGGGAAAAUGUAAUACUUAAUAACCCCUGAAUCUAGCAUUCCACGAAACAGCAAACCGUGAUACAAUCUCUGGCCAAGAUGUGCUGUAAAGAGUGAUUUUGACAUUUGCCAAGCCUUGGUACCUUGGUACCUAUCUAGCACCAUUAUUCCUUUAUUUAGUUUUAAUAUUCCUGAUAUACAGACAAUUCAUAUCUUGAUAGAAAGAGUUGCAGAGUUCCAAAAAAAAAAAAAAAAAAACUGCCAAAAGCCAGAAAUAUUUUCCAGUAGAAGCCAAAUGGGUAUCACCCCUUAUUUGAAGGAUAACAUUAUACUUUAAGCAGAGAGGUUUAUCUUGCAGUCCCACACAUGUUUGCUGGCUAAAUAAGAUUUUGAGUCCCAGUCACAGCAUAUGGAAGUCUGACAUAAAUAAGAGAAAAAUGUGCAGAACAUAACCACAGCUUUUACCUUUUGUCUUGUUAUGUAUGCCUGUCAACUUUUAUAUGGAAGGUAAUGUGCUGAUAGAGCUAAAUGUGCCCAUAAAUUAGUCUAGUGACAAAGAUAAGGGCCCUCGUGGUAGGUUUAAUGCUGUGUCUGGUUAAAAUCUCUCAGCUAGCAUGGACUUUUGUAAACAUACAGAACCAAUAAAGAAACCAUAGAAAGUUUCUCCAGGAAAGAAAUUUAAUGUAUAACUGAUAACCGGAAACAGCUAUCCUGCUUACUUUGUGAAGCACAAAUCUCAGGCUGUCAAAGCGAUUGUAGUGGUCUGAGCAGAGUAGAUGGGAACCGAGUUUCGGCUGUAUAACCAAAGACCAUUUUAAAACUGAAGCAUUCCCCCAAAUCCCAAUGAAUUUCAUACUCGGUGAUUGUUACUUGAUACUGACCUUGGUGCCCAACUUUCAAAAGGAGCCUGAGAGCGUGGGCAGGUAUUGCUGCUAGGGGAAGCUCCUAUUCAUUGCCAUAUUUGUCCCCUCCCUCUGCAAAGUGCUGGUGGAUUCAGUAUCUGACAAAUGUCUAUUUAUUGUUCUACUAAAAUUCACUUCCUUUAGUAAUAAACAGUCAGGAGAGUGUGUUUAAGAUGCCCCCCUUUUUUGUGCAGACAGAUUUUUCUAUUUUUCUGUGAAAUUUAUUGUUUUUUUUCAGGAGUUGUUCUUGUUUGAGAAAAAUAAACAUGUAUUUUCA